AAAAAUCAUUUUUUACAUGGUAACAUUGUAAAAUAAAGUAAAUAAAUAUGGCGUAAAUCUCGCAUUGGGUGUGUAAAGUGUCUUUCCAUUAUUUUUCUAUAGUUAAUUAACAAGCGAGUCGUCUUCACACCGUUUUGCGAAGGCAAAAGUUGAUAGAUCGAAACAGUGACUGAAUACAGUUGUACUUAGUGUAAAAGUGGUGAUGCAUCACAUGACAGAUCAAUGACUCCCAGUGAUGGUUGACAGGAACUCGGGAGUUGGGGCUUCUAUGCGCUGUGAGUUGAAUGUCGACCCUCUCGUUUAACUGCGAAAGUUAGAAAUUAAGUGGAGCAGGUGUAGUGUAAAUGUGUAGUGCAGUGACAAUGGGUGGCUUAGUGCGCGAGUGUACAAUAUGAUGGAGACCGAGCUCCCGCCCGGCAGCUGCAACUCCACCGGCCACCUGUCCACCAUUGGAUGGAAUAUACCAGGUCGCAUGCACCACUCGGCGAGUACGCCGGCGGGCGUGGACGGCGGCGCGCGCACGCCCCCCGCCACGCCCAAGAAGGGUGGCAAGAUGCUCGCCGUGCGCGUGCAGAUGCUGGACGACUCCAUCUCCAUGUUCCAGAUACAGUCAAAGGCGCUCGGUCGCGUGUUAUUUGAUCAAGUCUGUCGCCAGCUACAUCUACUAGAAGCAGACUACUUUGGACUCGAAUAUCAAGAUGCCAAUGGAACUAAGUACUGGUUGGACGUGGAGAAGCCGAUGUGCCGUCAAGUCGGUUUGUCCAUGCUGGAGCCGACGUUGAGGUUCUGUGUGAAGUUCUACACGCCGGACCCCGCGCGGCUUGAGGAGGAGUUCACGCGGUACCUCUUCUGUUUGCAAGUAAAGAGGGACCUCGCGCAGGGCUGCAUACAAUGCAACGAAAACACUGCUGCGUUGAUGGCCAGCUAUAUUGUACAAGCGGAAUGUGGCGACUUCGUGCCAGAAGACUAUCCGGACCACACGUACCUCAGCGGAUACAAGUUCUUCCCCGGGCAGGACCUGGAAUCCGAGCGGCGGAUAAUGGAGAACCAUAAGAAACACAUUGGCCAAAGCCCGGCGGAGGCGGAUUUGAAUUUAUUAGAAACGGCGAGAAGAUGCGAAUUAUAUGGUAUAAAAAUGCACGCCGCGAAAGACCACGAAGCCGUGCCGUUAAAUCUGGCAGUGGCCCACAUGGGCAUCGUGGUCUUCCAGCACUUCACCAAGAUCAACACCUUCAGCUGGGCCAAAAUCAGGAAGAUCUCCUUUAAGAGGAAACGCUUCCUCAUCAAACUGCACUCAGAGGGAUAUGCCCACUUUCGCGACGUGGUAGAGUUCUUCUUUGAGGGGCGCAACGAAUGCAAGAACUUCUGGAAGAAAUGCGUAGAGAACCACGGCUUCUUCCGCUGCACCAGCGUGCCGCGCCUGCCGCGACACAAGACCAGGGUCAUGUCGCGAGGGUCUUCCUUCAGGUAUAGCGGCAAAACGCAGAAACAGAUCGUCGAGUUCGUGAGAGACAACUAUGUGAAACGGCAGACAUUCCAGAGGUCGGGCUCGUUCCGCACGUCGCGCUCGGCGGGCUCGUCGCGCGGCAACGUGUCCGCGCCCGCGCUCAACGCCAGCGUGUCCGCGCACCCGCUGCUGCCGCUGCCGCCCGGCUCCGACGCGAUUUCCCUGGAGUGGGACAAGCAACCUCACUACCUGGAGGCCUCUCUGAUGAUGAAGGGCUACUCGGCGGAGGAGGCGCGUGCGGCGGCGCGCCGCGCCAGCGCUCGCCCACCCCCACCAGCUACCGCCUACGCGUCCACGAGGGACAAGGCGGGUCCCGCAGUGGUGACACAUGCGGAGGUCAAUCAUCAUCCUACGGAGGAUUCGCCUCUGCCUCCUCAGACGACGACACCGUUGACAUCGCCGUGUUGGACGCUUGCGGAGGGCAGUGGGCGCGCGCGCGCUCCCACUCCGCCGCCUCGUGCGUCGCGUCCGCGCACGCCAGGUCAGACGCACACCGCCACGUGCACCCACACGCACACCCACAUCCACACCCACACUCACACCCACACACCCACUGCCACGCGCCCCGCCGCAGACUCCCCGCCCCUUAGCUCCUCCGAGCGCCUCGAGUACGAGCUGUCGCAGAGCAACAUCUACUCCGCUGCCUCCACGCGCUCGUCGCGCUCCGGCGCCUCGCUCGUGCUGGACGAGCCGGACGAAGCGCCGCCGCCGCUGCCGCGCCGCGCGCCGUGGCGCCGCAGCGCCAGCUGCCGCAACCUGCGCGACUUCAGCUUCGACGACGCCGGCCGCGCCAAGCGCCGGCCCGCUGCCCGCUCCGUGCACGCCGACCUUGAUGCCUACUGGCCGCGCCGCGUCGACUCGCCCGUCACGCGCUACGACGACGCGCGCACGCUGGCUUUCGUGCUGGGCGCGAGCGGCUCGCUGGACGCGCAGCGCGAGCUCAUCGGCCGCACCUACUCGUCCAGUUUCCCCGGCGCCACCAGCGAGCCGCGCCUCGACUUGCCCGGCUUCGUGCGCAGCGGCUCGCAGGACGACAUCUCGCACGACAGCUACGAGCUUAUCGAACGCUCGGACGACGAGUCGGAGCGGCGCCGCUACGCGCGCGUGCGCCCGCGCUCGCCGCCCGCUCGCACACGCUCCUGCUCGCUCGACUCGGGCAACGACCUGGCCUCGGACGACGACCAGUCCCUCUCCCAUCUCUCCGAGGCCGAGGACCGGGAGGCGAAUCUCAAUAUUUCUGGUCUUAAAUAUAAAAGCGACAAUGAUUUACCGUUGGAUCCCUUCCUCAUCGACGAUCCGAGAAUUCUCCCGCGGGAGAAACUGUCGGUUCGUUCCGAUGGGAAUUUCUAUAAGGAGAUCAAGCGCACUCUCGGUUCUCGAACCUCCAGUCAGGAAUCUAAAAGCGAUAUUUAUGACUCUAAACUGUCGAAGAGUAGUGCCGAAUCUAGCAAAAAGUCCAGAGACAGCGUGUACCAUACCGACAGCAAAAAAUCUCGUGAGACUCUUAAAAGUAAAAGUUCCGACAGGUCGGGUUCUAGAACGUCUAGUCAGGAUUCCAAAUCCGAUUAUUACGAUUGUAAAAAGAAUUUGUAUGAGCCUGAAGACUUGCACAUUAGGCGUCGUAGUAGUAUUCAGAGCGCUUACAUUGACCCCUUCGAGCCGAUAUCCCCUUCGUCCAGUCAAGAUUCUGAGAAAGAUUUUUACGAUACCCAAUCGACAUUUAUAGGUAUGGAAAAGCCAGAAUAUAGGGAAAAAACACUUUUCGACAAAUCUCACGAGGACCUCAUUGCAAAUUUGGCUACCUCGCCCAAUUAUUAUCACAUUCCCACGCCAUACUCUACAUUUCCAAGUAAUAACAAGCACAAAGAAUCUACUGCUUUGCAUUCUUCGAGCUUACAAAAUGUAGAACUCGAUCAAUAUGCUCAAUAUUCUGAUUCAAGUCCAAUGAAAAAACCCGAUGAAUUGUCAACUGAAGACGAAGAUAUGAUUCCGCGCACAACGCAUAUAUGGCCCGAGAAAAUUGCUGGUUUAGAUACCGAAAUUGAUAAUAACAGAGCGGUUAAAAUGCACAACUACCAACGGCGUCGGUCAUCUGAAACUGUAUUUAGUUUUGAUAAAGAUAAAAUUGAAUCUCUGACGCGCUCAACUAGUAAGGAAAAUCCGCCUUCGCUACUUGUUAAAGAAUCGUCGAACGAAUCGGAUGUUAAUGUUCGAAUAUUGCCAGCAAUGGACAGUAUCGAGUAUGCUAAAAACAGAGCUAAAGCAGCCGCUAUUCAAUCCGGUACUUCUUCCAUUCUUCAGUCUGAGUUUGAUAAGUCUAUGCGAGGAAAAGUUCACACGCAUAUUAUUAGAAAAGAAAAUUUAAAAGAGGAACUUAUGGCUAAGACACACUUUGACGAGUACAACCCUAAACUUAUACUCGAUACCAGUUCUAGUAGUCGCCUUGCUGAUGCCGCAGUACCAUAUAUUCAUCCAACAGUAGAAAGAACAAAAAGUGAUCCCAAUAGUUUGGCUAAUAGACCACGAUUUAGUAGUGUUAACUCGAGGAGACAUGUGCUUAUGCAUCAAAAAUCUAUCGAUUUAACACCGGCAGAAUCUAGUGAUGAAGAUUACAUUUUCCGUCAAAUUCCUAGUGCUCCCCCCAUCGCAACUAAGCGGUCCCACUUUGAAUUACCAGCAAGACACACUGAUGUUGUAAGACCACUAUUUGACUUACCACAAAAUUAUUUCAAAGAUUUUGAUGACUUUAAAGCUGGAUUUAAUGACAAUAAAAAAUCUGUUGAAGACAGUUACGAUAUUCCUUAUGUUUUGCAUAAAAGACACAUAAUGAAUGGCACUGCUCCUUCGCCUCUUGGGGAUAAGAGACAGCCGCCGGAUAUUAUAACAUUGCCACCGCAAAAUGGUCGCCAUGUUGUUAACGCUCACUCGAGAUGCAAAUAUCACGAUCAUCCUAAAUCUCCUCGUUCUCCUAAAUCCCCUAAGUCUCCAAAGUCACCUAAAUCGCCCAAGUCACCUAAAUCUCCCAAAUCUCCAAAGUCACCAAAGUCUCCAAAAUCACCAAGAAAUAGUAUUCAAACAGACCAUGUUUCAAAGUUUUUGGAAGUUGAAAAUCGUGACUUUCUGUUUACGCAAAAUAUUGAUUUAUCAAAAGUUGAUCCUGUUACUUUAGAAGUGAAUAAAAGCGGACAAUUACAACAUUUACCUAGUCCAAAAAGGGAUAUUACAAAAACUUUGGAUUCUGCAUUGCUGGAGACCUUAAACUCUAAAUUAAGUCAAAUAGAAAGUGAUUCGGCUACAAGUUCAAAAACGGAUAGUAUGAGACAAGAGUCACAAUAUACACAUGAUAUUAAAUUUUCUAUAAACGGACGAAAUGUUCAACAGCCACCAAUUUGUAAAGAGCCAAAGCCUCUUACAGCUGCUGAAAAGCUACGCGCGGAUAUUAAGUCAAAAUCAGAGAAGUUACCCUCUAAAAGAAUGCCUAAAGGUCGCGGUACUGGUAAAAAAGGAGUAGGCGGUAAAGUUAAAAAUAAAAGUAACAACAAAAUAAGAAUAACGUCGUUCUCAUCUGAUGACGAAAGUGUAGAUUCUGAUGACGUUUUUGGUACCACAGAAGCUGCACCAAAAUUAGAGUUUUCUCCACCACAGUCUCGCAAGGAUUUGGAGCCUAUACUUCAACAUGAAUAUGAUAAAAUCACAUCGGGUGCUUGGCAUAGAGGACAAACUAUGAGUUCAACAGAAAUAGAGGGAUCACCGCCACAAUGCAGAAAAUUGGCUGAACUGGAAGCAAAAUAUAACCCACAGGUUUUAGACAGCGUGAGUGGUACUGCCACGGAAUUGCGGCGAAUUUCUGAGCGAUCUAUUUCUAUUCCAAGUUCAGAGGAUGAUAUUAUUCCCAAGGCGCCAGAAAUAAAACAAGUCAGCAAAGAAAGUUCUACUUGGGAAUAUAAUGAAAACAUUCCGUCUCCCAUACUAGAAAGUACGGAAUUUCUGAAAUCAGAUGAUGAACAGCUUAUUGAUUUAGAAAUUCAAAAAGUGACAGGAAUUCGUACUACAUCGGAAGAGAAAAGUGAAGUUGAUAAGAAAGAUUCAAGUAAGCUUGAUGUAAAAAAGAGUUUACGUGAUGAAUUAAUUUCACCGAUGCUUCGUAAAACUGGUGGAACUCCGAUUCUUUUUGCGCAUGCUAGACUGAAUCUUUCUGAAGGUUCGGUAUUUUCUCUACAACGUCAAAAAGCUCAAGAGUCUCCCACGUCUAGCCGUAGGGCUAAAAGUUUGGACACACCAGUAAUUCAAUUGCAUCGAUUGCCACCAAUGAAUGCUUUUUCGUCGAAAGAUGAUACUGUCGAGGAUAAUGAGGAAGAAAUUAUUUUGGAGGAGAAGUCAUUGAUAGAUGAUAAGUUACAAAAAACUGGUAUUCCUAAGAAAGAUAUUAUUGAUAAAAUUGAUGAAGUGGAAGAAGAACAUGCCGCAGAAUCGUCAUCGGUUCUACCAAAUUCAGUUCAGAUUGAUAAAGAAGAAAUGAAACUUUUAGAAGAUUUAGUUGAACAGCGAAGACCUCGUUCAUUUAAGCGGCAGUACGAUAUAACUAAAAUAUUAUCGAAAGCAAAAUCACCGUCCAGAUCUCCAAUGAAUAGGUCGCCUUUAUCUCGCUCUCCUUUAUCAAAAUCACCCUCUCGUUCACCGACUUCUUCCUUGAAUUCACCAAGAGGGAGUAUUCGUAAAUUAUCAGAUUUGAGUGAAGAUCAAAUAGUACCUGAUAUCGAAAGAAUUAAAAGAAAAGACAAGAAAAAAUUGACAUUAAAACCAAAACCUGAUGAAAAGAAAACUAGUAAGUUAAGUAAGGCUGGCUCUCUGGAUACAAAUGCUACAAAAGUGAAAGCUCUUCAAACCCAAAAAUCAUUGCCAUCAACACUUAAAGAACGUCCCGAUUUCUUGACAGUACCUCCUUUAGAUAUGGUGAGAGCUAAAAGUCAAGAAUUAGAUCAAGCAGUAAAAAGAGUUUCUAAAGAAAAAUCGAAAUCGUUAGAAAAAAUGGAAGUUAAGCGGGGCGGCAGUAAAGAAAGAACUAAAUCUCAAGAAGAUAGUGAUACAGAAAUCGCGAAACGUAAAGAAAAACAACAAAUGCUCUUUGAAGCAGCAUUGAAGCAGACGAAGACGUUGAUAAGUCCAGUGAAGGAUACAUUGCCACCAUUUCCACCACCUGAAGAUAAAAUUUUAGUUAAGACAGAAGGUGACAAAAUAAUCAUUGAAACUAAAAUUAACAGUAAGGCUGAAGAUCAUGUAUUUAUAGCAAAAUCGCCGAAAAAACUUGAUAAUAAACUUGCAGGGAAAAUAAGCAGAAGCUUUGAAGAUCAAAAGACGACAAAAACUAAUAAUAAAAUUAAUAAAAGUAUGGAUGAUAAGUCCCAGUCGUUGGAAGAUAAAUUUGAUGAUUUGGCGAGUUUGCAAAAAUCUCCUAAAACUUUAUCAAAGAAGCAAGAAAUUAAGCAACAAAUUGAAGGCAAAGUAGUUUACCAGAAAGUUCAUCCUAGCGUAAAAUCAAAAAGUUUGGAUAGAAAAGUGGAUCCUUACUUGGAAGCAAAAGUGAAAUCCAAAAGUUUGGAUAGAAAUUAUGUAACACCUGCGUCUAUUGUGGAACCGACUACUGAUAAACAUUUCAAGCUAGAAGUUGUUACAGUUGACGUUCAUCCAACUGUAAAAGAAGAAACAGACACUGUUAUUCAAGAACAUGAAGCAAAGGAAGUAUCGCCUACUAAUAGUUACAAAGAAAAAACUGAAGACGAUUCUUCUAUCGAGUGGAUAACUAGUUCUCAGAAUACUGUCAUAGAAAAUGAUACUCAAACAGUAAUUAUGGAACGAAGAAAAAUUGAAAUAUAUAAUAAACAAAGACAGUCAGAACUUCAUGAAAGCAAGAGUAGUCAAGACUUGCAAAAGUCAUUGGAUGAAAAGAAGCCACAAGUAACACGUUUGACGAGUGAAGAAGAAUCAAUCACUGAAGUUAGUGAAUUAAAAAUGUCAGAUGACAGUAAUAUGUUGGGUAUUUCGUUGCCUUUUAUAGAUGCUGACAGUUCAUCAGAUCAAGAUCAAACUUCUAAAAAAGAAAAAUUGACUAAAUUGCAUCUAGGUAAAAGCGACGAUACAUCGGGGAUGACUGAGCAUUGUGACGAGCUCACAGCUGAUACAGAUAUGCCGCUUUCAGAUACAUCUAAAAUUAAAAAAGCUGUAGAAGCGCAAAGUACAUUUGAAGAGUCUUCGGCGAGUUUAGCUGAAUUCUUAAAACAUGAAUCUAUGUCACAAUUAUUGCUUGAAAGUGAAUCGGAAGGUGAAUUAAAAAUUAAAGAUUUAUCCAAAUCGGUAGAUUUGGGGUUGAAAUUUAAAAAUAAAAAUAGAAUUAUUGUAACUCCUCCACAAGAAAAUAGCCCCACUAUUGAGAAUCUUCCAUUUGUUGAUUCCAGUACUUCAAAAUCGACACAUAAAUCUGAAUCUGGCGAUCACAAUGGUAGUUCUGGAAGUGCAAAUGAUAUAUCACCCACAGAUCAAAAGAAUGAACAAAAAACACUUUUACCGACUAAGUCAAGACGUAGCGAGUUGCUUAAGUUAAGUGCAGAACGCUCUCGAAGUUCGGAGUCUACUUCUUGGACAAGCAUAGAAAAAGAUAUAAGUCCUUCAAGUGCUAAUAUUAAAGGAAGCUCGAUUGAUGACGAAUCAAGUGUGAGUUGUUCUAUUGCGAGACCUUUAGGUAUAUCUCAAGAUAUUGAGAAACUUAAUAAAAAAGAUAGAGAGUGUCUCGAAGAACUGAAACAAGCUAUGGAAUAUGGCGAAGAACAUUUGUUGUCCCAGCAUACGCUAUCAAGUGAACAUUCGAAAUCGAACUCUAAAUCCCCGUCCCCCAUUCCUGAGAUAGGCCGUAUUGAGAGCCCAAGAAGUCCUUCAAAAUUCAGUGCUAGAAAAUCUCCCACUCCAACUUUGGAAAAACAAGGUCAGGUAGAUUCACUAAAAGCGCCAUCUGAUUCAGAUUCCAGCUCUGAAAGUAUUCAUAAGACUGUAGAGCAACUUUCAAAGCCAAAUCAAAGAAAGAGUGGCUUAGACAAAAUAGGAAAAUGUGUGGUUGAGGAAUCGGAGUCCAGUCACUCAGCUGCAUCGAAAGCAUCUGAUAUUAAAAAAGAAUUGCAAAAAACCGUAAAGAAAACUAAAAUUGCAAUUACAAUAUCUCAGGAAGACCAAAAUAUGACAGUUGAUUUUGAUGAUGAUGGUAACGUUAUUACUUCAUCUUUUGAACAAGAGCUAAUGAAGAAAAGACGUUUAAAAGACACUGACCAAAAAAGUUCUUCAAAGUCAAGUAUGGACACUACAACAACAACGACGCCAUCGAAAGGAUCUCUUAGCGUUGAUGACUCAUCCUCUAGACGAAAAGUACGGCUCGAUGAACAAAAAAGCUCAUCAAAGUCAAGCAUGGAUUCAAGAGGAUCUCUAAGCGUUGAAUCAAGAGGUUCUUUUGAGACAACAGAGUCUACGUCGGGAUCUUUAGGUGAAGCUUAUCGUCGUGGGGAAGAAUUGAAACCAACUUGGCGACCAUUUUUUGGAGCUUCUGGUAGUGAAAAUAGUACUAGCAUUGAAGAAGCUUGGAUUCCUCAAGAUCAUGAAGGUUAUGAAAGUUUAGCUGUAAACAAAGAUGUUUUUGAAUAUAAUAAUCAAAGAAUGUUGGAUGACUUUCAUUCAUUUUCUAAAAAUCCGCCACUGUCGGCGAACACUUCGAAAGAUUCCACUGAAGCAGAUUUUACUGACGAUUUGAAUGAUUUUCCCGUUAAUUUCCUUUAUCCCGCUACGUCGUCUACAUCUGCGUCUGAUGUCGUUAUUGGGUAUGGACAAAACUUUGGGCGCACUUUAUCUCGGAUCUCAGAGCGCAGCACGGCCUCAGAAAAAACUAGCGCAGAUGAAGACUCAACUAAAGCGUGUUCACGGUCCGAGAGCAUAAACGAGGAAUCUUUAAAUUCUAGUGAUCACCAAGCAAGCCUCAGUUCAGAUCCCCCGAGUAAUGCUAAUAUUGCGUAUAUAUCUGAUACAGAUCGAAGGACAUCAGCAGAAAUGCCUGAUAUUCCUAUCGAUCAAACUAAAAUCAGCGAAAUGUAUUCUGAAUCUAAAAAAGAAUUAGACAAACUAAAUAGCAAGAAAGGUGAAGAUGCUGCUGAAUCUAAGAAACGUGAAGGAAGCAACCUUUUAGCUCCUUUGAAACAAUCGUCGGCAAGUGAAAGUCAAGAUUCUGAAGAUUGGCCAUUACCAGAGUUACCACCAGCGGUUACGCCAAAAACAGCCAUGUCUGAAUUGGCAAGGCAAAAAUCCAGUGAGUAUGACGAAUUAAGUUCUUUCGUUUCUGGAACUUUGGAAACGCCUAUUGUUGAAAAAGUUCAUAUUUAUUAUAUGAGCAACGAACCAGAACAAGCAAUGAAAGUUACAAUACGAUCAGAGAGCUCUAAGGGUCAUGUAGGAUCAGAUGAUGACAGUGAUACAUUAAAUAACGAUGAAGAUUUGGAGCGAGAUAUUCAAGAAUCUAAAUCGGAAAAAUCCACAGAACAAACUUCAGGAGAUUUACAGACAAAGUCUAAACCCAUUCCUUAUGAUGAAUCUGGCUACAUGGUUGAACCGUUAGAAAAUCAUGACGAAUUUACAUGUCUUAAUAAAAGUGUAGUUCCUAACUAUGACAAAUCAUGUUUAAGUGGUACGAUUAGCAAAGCUUCAUGUCUAAUGGGUGAUAUGGGUACAUGUUGCACACGGGCUGAAAGUAAAUCAUUUACUGCAAAGAGCAAUAUUGAAGAAAAAGUUAUAAUAAGCCAGCCCCAAAAGUCACCAACAAACCAUAGUCCAAUAUAUGAUGAAGAUCAUUUAUAUACUGACGAUGUGUUUGGUGCUGGUGACAGUAAGUCACUUUCACCUGAUUUUGAUAAAAGUCUGUCAAAAAUAGGUACUCAUAAAUUUUCAUUUGGUUCCAAUAAUUCUGACACAUCGAUUGACGAUAUGCUUUCGCAAACGAAUGUGGAAGACACCGUUCGAGCAGUGGCUAAACUUAGCGUUGGAAGUUCAGGAGCUUGUAAAAGGUGUAGCCAUAGUAGCCAUUCAGAGGAAGAAACCAGUUCCUUUGGCACGGAUUUAGAUGGUACUGUUAAAAUAGGCUUGCCACAAAAGAAAUGCACCCACAGUUCUCAUUCGGAAGAUACUUCGAUUUGUUUAAGUAUUUCAGAAUGGUCUACAGGUACAAAUACAGUGCGACAAUAUGCUAAUCUGUCUGCUUCAGAAAGUAUAUCAGCCGUGUCUAUUCCAAAGAGUGAGAAGUCUGAAAAAACUGCUGCAAAAAAAUAUUCUGCUUCGCUAACAAGUAAAAAAUCAGAACCGAUACCAAAAAUGAGUUCCCAAGCAGAAGCAAGUUCAAAAAGUAGCAGUCUUGACAAAAGUUCUGAGAAUAUUAAAUAUGACAAGCUGUGUAGUUCAGAUACAACAGGUUCUAGAAAAGGGAUCGAUAGUAGUUCAGGGACAAAAAGUGAUAGUACUCUUACGUUAGCUCAGUCUAUAUCCGACUGGUCAGCUAGUACAAGUCACACUCUGAUUGCUACGGCGCGUGAAGAUCAACCAGAGCACGAUGAUACUAAGUCUGACAAAACCAUUGUAAUGGAGCCUUCUCUCGUUGAAGAGAAAGAGGAUGCUGAUUUGAAUACUGGAACAGUUUUAUCACCUUCCAAGGAAGGUAAUGACGCCAAUGAACCUGUUCUAAGACUAACAGCUUCAUACACUGGAAAGACUGAUAAAUCUUCUUCAAUAAGCUACAGUGACAAAUCAGAUAAAUCGAGUUCCAGUUCACUAAGUAGUUUACAAAAACAUACUAACGGGGUUCUCAGAUUCGAUCAAAGACUGAAAGGAUUUCCUGCAUCGCAUGAUUUAUCACAGGAUCGGUAUUCGAAAGCGCCGCCUAAAAGUUACAGCUACGAAGAAGAAUCGCACAAAUAUGUUCGACCCACAUUACGAUGCCAGAGUGAAGACAGUGGCUAUGAUAAAACAUACUUGUUUGGUCCACAACCUGAAAUAGAUAUCGAUAUACCUUCUCAAUUAUACAGUCAAGAAGAAAAGCACAGUGAAAGAUACCAGAGUCAAGAAUUUUCUAACAUUAUUCGAGAGGAAUCUAAUAGUCAAUUCGUAAGGUCUGAUUACAAACCUCUAGCAAAGCACGCUAGUUAUGAUGAUAAAACACUAUCUAAGAAUCAGAUUAAAGAGUAUAAAACAUCUCAACAGUACCGAAGUAAACCGAAGAGCUGGUCUUUUCAUGAACAUUAUUUGUCUUCAUCUGAUUUACCGAUUAUUACAGUCCCGGAAUUACCUAGAGAUUCUAUUCACAGAGAUCUACAGGAGAAAAGAUCCCAAGAUAGGUCUGGAAAAACACCUCUUUCUAGAUGCUCGCCUUAUUACUCAAGUAGUCUAAGCUCUGAAUCUCCACCGAUACAGCCUCUCAAAGCGCCAGUCAAAAAAUCGCUACUGGUGAGAAAUAUUUCGCUUAAAAGCCCGCCGAGCGGGAAUGAUACCGACAGUUCUUUGGAUGUAAUAAGGGAUCCUCGCGAGAGGAUGAGAACAUUUAGACGUAAGAAACAAGUCACAAAUACUCGUAAAAAACAAGAAAAAAUACAAGAUGUGUUAGAAGAAGAUUCUACAAAAAGUCAGUGUUCCUCCGAAAGUGAUAAAUUCAAAGGGACCAAGUAUCUGGCAGUCGAUGAUUCUGUGCGACGAAUCGAGAGUUCUGAAUGUUCUGAUAGUUACAUUCCCGAAGUGGAGUCGGGCUCGUCAGAAAUGUCUAAAGCAGAUUCUAAAAACGGUGACAUUCAAGAGCCAGUCAGCUAUUCUGAGGACGAUGAACAAGUGGGCUAUGCCAAGUAUAAAAGCGCUUCGUAUGAGGCACAAAAGUUUCCUGUCAAUAUUAAUCCAGUGCAAUUUCAAGGUUUUGGCUCUUCUGCUGAUGAGGAUGAAAUGGGUUUUCCUCGAUUCGACAGGUUAGGACGAUUGAGACAUCCUUAUCUUGAUUCCCAGGAACCACCCUUUGUCCCCGAAGGUAGUCCUCCGAGGACAUCGUACUCAAACAGAAGCAGCCGUCAAUCCUCAUUGAAAAGAGUGAAGUCUACUACUUCAUACCGUUCGUCUGACGAUAAAUCUUUAGGCGAGACCUCGGGCCAACACCAGCCUAGACCGAUAUUUUAUGAUGAGACUAGUGACAAAGAAGACUCUGAUGACUAUGCAUAUCCAAUCGAUACGAUAAAAAGAGCGCCUAAAAUAAGCAAGUCCGGUAGUUACCUGUUCGACCGUGGCGAGUCGCUCGCCUAUUCCGAUACAGAACUACCACAAGACAAAGAUGAAUAUGAGGAAUAUAGAGGCAGCCCUUAUCCGGAACAUUAUGAGGAAGGUGAUAUGUUCCAAACGCAAGAGUUUUACCCUCAAUACGAACAUAACAUCGAACGGAUGGAUGAGAACGACGAGCGGUUCGCUAGAGACCUCGACCAGCGUUUCAGCUUAAAUAACGUCGAACGUUUUUAUUCUAGCCACUAUGUUGAUUCGCAAGCUUCGAGCGACAGUCCCGAGCAAAAGUUCGACGUUUCCACCCUUCCUCCGCCUCUAUGCUCCGAUGACGAGAAUGAAUAGCUGCAUUUUUAAACCUUAGACCAAAGUCAUCGUAGACUAAACCCGAUGUUAGAUAAAUAUUGUUAAUUACUCGGUGCGUGAGCGUGUCACUUUUACGAACGUUUGGAAAUUUUGAUUCUAAUUCGCAAUUAAUUGUUAUAAUCGUAUUGGAUAUUAUUAGGAGUCCUAAUAAAUUUAAUAUUUACAUUCUCACUUUGAAUAAAAUUAGGAAAAAUAUAUAGUGCCAAUUCCCGAUGUGAGUACUCGGCUAUCGUGUAAUUUAAAGCGAAAUUAUACCUUGUCCUAGCUUAUUAAGUAUGUAGUUGUAUGUGUACUGAUCAGUAAAAUAUACACUAGUGACUAGACGACACUAAAUCGUUUUGCUAUUCUUGUUUCAAACUAUUUUUUUUGGGUUUGAUGUUUGAAAUGGAUGGCAGUCGAAAGAUUUUUCAGUAUUAACUUUACUUCUUUAAUUUAUUUAGUGCCAAAUUAUUAUAGUCCUAUUCCGCCUUUGUUGAGAGUUAAUUAAUUAUUUAAGUAGAUGCGAUUUGGUUGUUAGAAAUAUAAAUUUUCCAUUAUGUAUUUAUAACGGCUGUGAAAUCCUAAGUACGUUGGGAUCCAAGAUCUUAAUUUUACUUAAGUUUAGUGUUACUGCUCAACUCUGUUACCGUAUCAUUAAGGGAUCCUUCACAUUAUAAGAAAUUACUAUUUUUUUUAUCUGUACGAAAAAUUAAUAAAAGUGAAAAUAAAUAGGUAAAAAGUGGACAGGGAAGCCUUGUACCCUUUUCUACAGAGAAAGUACUUCAAGUUUGAGAAGUCUACGAUUUAGGAACGAGACAAAAAAAAGGUUUUGCAGCUUCAAGUCAAGCAUGAGGCAAACUGAGGCUACGUCUAUUUAUCCUUCUCCACUCUACGCUUCAUACUAUAGUUUCUUAAGUGCGAAAAAAUCUGAUAUUCAUCCUCGUGGCGCGGCGCGCCUUUGACUGUGUCAGCGUCUCCCUUUUAACUACCGAGGCAUUAAAUCAUUUCGGUCCGUUAUGACCACUUCCCGAUAUGACCACUUCCCGAUACGGCCACUUCCCGAUCCGAUCACUAUGAGUGAUGUCUAAUAAGUAGUUCUUGUAAUGCAAAGGAGCCCUGAUAACUUAAGGCAAUGUUACUUACUCACUGCAUCUAAAACUAAUCUUAAAUUUACUAUCACCACAUCACACAAUAAGACUAACAAAGUAACCAUGUCUGCAAUCGUGCCAAAUCUGCUCAAUUUUUUCCACACUUUAUUGUAGCUAAUAAUUUUUAUUAAAAUUUUUGAACAAUGAAUUAUUAUAUUACAGUAAGGAAGUUAGGAUGACUGUUGUUCAACCACUAUCUUUUUAAAGUUGAAUUUAUGCAUUAUAAUGACAUAAUUAAUACAGCUUACACACGUUUUCCAUUUUUACAAUAGUUUGAGCAUGGGAAAAGCAAUUAUUAAAGGGGCAAUUCACCGCAGACAUUAGGCUGCUUUGAAAUAUGUUGUUACAACUGCUAAUAAUAAUAUGAUAAUAAUUAUAUUAUUU